AUGACUAUGAGUUUACCACAGCUGCCUUCACCACACUGGGGCGACGCGCACAGACAGACGCGCACAGACAGACGCGCACAGACAGACGCGCACAGACAGACGCGCACAGACAGACGCGCACAGACAGACGCGCACAGACAGACGCGCACAGACAGACGCGCACAGACAGACGCGCACACACAGACGCGCACACACAGACGCGCACACACAGACGCGCACACACAGACGCGCACAGACAGACGCGCACAGACAGACGCGCACAGACAGACGCGCACAGACAGACGCGCACAGACAGACGCGCACAGACAGACGCGCACAGACAGACGCGCACAGACAGACGCGCACAGACAGACGCGCACAGACAGACGCGCACAGACAGACGCGCACAGACAGACGCGCACAGACAGACGCGCACAGACAGACGCGCACAGACAGACGCGCACAGACAGACGCGCACAGACAGACGCGCACAGACAGACGCGCACAGACAGACGCGCACAGACAGACGCGCACAGACAGACGCGCACAGACAGACGCGCACAGACAGACGCGCACAGACAGACGCGCACAGACAGACGCGCACAGACAGACGCGCACAGACAGACGCGCACAGACAGACGCGCACAGACAGACGCGCACAGACAGACGCGCACAGACAGACGCGCACAGACAGACGCGCACAGACAGACGCGCACAGACAGACGCGCACAGACAGACGCGCACAGACAGACGCGCACAGACAGACGCGCACAGACAGACGCGCACAGACAGACGCGCACAGACAGACGCGCACAGACAGACGCGCACAGACAGACGCGCACAGACAGACGCGCACAGACAGACGCGCACAGACAGACGCGCACAGACAGACGCGCACAGACAGACGCGCACAGACAGACGCGCACAGACAGACGCGCACAGACAGACGCGCACAGACAGACGCGCACAGACAGACGCGCACAGACAGACGCGCACAGACAGACGCGCACAGACAGACGCGCACAGACAGACGCGCACAGACAGACGCGCACAGACAGACGCGCACAGACAGACGCGCACAGACAGACGCGCACAGACAGACGCGCACAGACAGACGCGCACAGACAGACGCGCACAGACAGACGCGCACAGACAGACGCGCACAGACAGACGCGCACAGACAGACGCGCACAGACAGACGCGCACAGACAGACGCGCACAGACAGACGCGCACAGACAGACGCGCACAGACAGACGCGCACAGACAGACGCGCACAGACAGACGCGCACAGACAGACGCGCACAGACAGACGCGCACAGACAGACGCGCACAGACAGACGCGCACAGACAGACGCGCACAGACAGACGCGCACAGACAGACGCGCACAGACAGACGCGCACAGACAGACGCGCACAGACAGACGCGCACAGACAGACGCGCACAGACAGACGCGCACAGACAGACGCGCACAGACAGACGCGCACAGACAGACGCGCACAGACAGACGCGCACAGACAGACGCGCACAGACAGACGCGCACAGACAGACGCGCACAGACAGACGCGCACAGACAGACGCGCACAGACAGACGCGCACAGACAGACGCGCACAGACAGACGCGCACAGACAGACGCGCACAGACAGACGCGCACAGACAGACGCGCACAGACAGACGCGCACAGACAGACGCGCACAGACAGACGCGCACAGACAGACGCGCACAGACAGACGCGCACAGACAGACGCGCACAGACAGACGCGCACAGACAGACGCGCACAGACAGACGCGCACAGACAGACGCGCACAGACAGACGCGCACAGACAGACGCGCACAGACAGACGCGCACAGACAGACGCGCACAGACAGACGCGCACAGACAGACGCGCACAGACAGACGCGCACAGACAGACGCGCACAGACAGACGCGCACAGACAGACGCGCACAGACAGACGCGCACAGACAGACGCGCACAGACAGACGCGCACAGACAGACGCGCACAGACAGACGCGCACAGACAGACGCGCACAGACAGACGCGCACAGACAGACGCGCACAGACAGACGCGCACAGACAGACGCGCACAGACAGACGCGCACAGACAGACGCGCACAGACAGACGCGCACAGACAGACGCGCACAGACAGACGCGCACAGACAGACGCGCACAGACAGACGCGCACAGACAGACGCGCACAGACAGACGCGCACAGACAGACGCGCACAGACAGACGCGCACAGACAGACGCGCACAGACAGACGCGCACAGACAGACGCGCACAGACAGACGCGCACAGACAGACGCGCACAGACAGACGCGCACAGACAGACGCGCACAGACAGACGCGCACAGACAGACGCGCACAGACAGACGCGCACAGACAGACGCGCACAGACAGACGCGCACAGACAGACGCGCACAGACAGACGCGCACAGACAGACGCGCACAGACAGACGCGCACAGACAGACGCGCACAGACAGACGCGCACAGACAGACGCGCACAGACAGACGCGCACAGACAGACGCGCACAGACAGACGCGCACAGACAGACGCGCACAGACAGACGCGCACAGACAGACGCGCACAGACAGACGCGCACAGACAGACGCGCACAGACAGACGCGCACAGACAGACGCGCACAGACAGACGCGCACAGACAGACGCGCACAGACAGACGCGCACAGACAGACGCGCACAGACAGACGCGCACAGACAGACGCGCACAGACAGACGCGCACAGACAGACGCGCACAGACAGACGCGCACAGACAGACGCGCACAGACAGACGCGCACAGACAGACGCGCACAGACAGACGCGCACAGACAGACGCGCACAGACAGACGCGCACAGACAGACGCGCACAGACAGACGCGCACAGACAGACGCGCACAGACAGACGCGCACAGACAGACGCGCACAGACAGACGCGCACAGACAGACGCGCACAGACAGUCUACAUCACAACCUGA